AUGGUUAGGGACUCUUCUUACCUCUUCAUCACUGGGCCCGAAGUCGUCAAGGCCGUAACGAAUGAAGAGGUGACGCAAGAAGAACUCGGUGGAGCAAAGACGCACACGACAACCUCCGGUGUCGCCCACGGGGCCUUCGAAAAUGACGUGGAUGCUCUGAUGUCGCUUCGCGAGUUGUUCAACUAUCUUCCGCUAUCGAACAAGGACGCCUCUCCUAUCCGAGCCGUUGAUGAUCAAUGGGAUAGAGAAGUCAAAUCGCUCGACACCGUUGUCCCGUUGGAAAGCACGGCUGCAUACAACAUGAAAGACGUUGUAACUGCUUUGGUGGAUGAGGGCGACUUCUUCGAGAUCAUGCCCGAAUAUGCCAAGAACCUGGUCAUCGGAUUCGCCCGGAUGAAUGGCCGGACCGUGGGAAUCGUGGGAAACAACCCAAAAUUCGCCGCUGGUUGUCUGGAUAUAAAUUCUUCUGUCAAGGGUGCGCGCUUCGUCCGUUUCUGCACAGCCCAGGAAUACGGCGGCAUCAUUCGUCAUGGCGCCAAGCUGCUCUAUGCUUUCGCCGAGGCCACCGUGCCCAAGAUUACGAUUAUCACACGCAAAGCUUAUGGUGGAGCCUAUGACGUGAUGUCGAGCAAGCAUUUGAGGGGAGACAGGAACUAUGCGUGGCCAUCUGCUGAGGUGGCGGUCAUGGGGGCAAAGGGUGCCGUCCAGAUCCUGUUCCGCAAGGACAAGGCCAAUCACGCGAAACACGAGGCCGAAUAUAUUGAGCUGUUCGGCAACCCCUUCCCAGCGGCAGUUAGGGGCUUCGUCGACGACAUCAUCGUCCCAUCAACGACGCGUCGCCGUAUCUGCGAAGACUUGAAUCUGCUCGAGUCGAAGAAAGUCAAGAAUCCGAAGCGAAAGCACGGAAACAUUCCCCUC